GGCUCAUCCCAUCCCAUCCCAUCCCAUCCCAGGUAACCCGACCAGUGACACCCGAGCUCCAAAAUCCCCCUAUCCUUCUCCACUCCGCUCUCGUAUUUUCUGCGGCCGGCCGGCCGAAAAUAGCAACCGGAGAGAAGGAACCUCUCGCUCCAUUCGCGCGGUGAGACAGUCAUGAGAAACCUCCCAAGUACUAGCUCUCACUUGUACUAGGAGGAGGUGCGAUCCGAGCUGAGCUGGGGAAGAAGACAAGCCAGCCAUGGUGAUGGUCCUGGGUGGUGGUGGUGCUGGUGGUCACAGCAAGACGGAGGAGAAGCAUCACCGGAGGCGCCAUCCCGGCCUCUCCCCAUUCCCCUUUCCCCGGUUGCCCCUCUUCCCCUGACCCACACCCACACACGAGUGUCUGUGUCUGUGAUCCUUCCUUCCUUGCUUGCUUCUCUUUGGUUCUGGAUCAGAGGCCCUCCCACCCACCUCCUUCUCUUGGGAGGGAGUCUCUGAGAAUUUCACACCCGGCCGGCAGCAGCGACAGUCAUGAAGAGACCGAGCGGUUCCAUCUCCGGCGGCGGCGGCGGCGGCAGUCCCGACCUCCUUCCGGUGGUUCACAGUGACGAUGGCUUUGGCGGCGUCGGGAUGGAGGAUGCCGACGAGGACAUGGUGCCGUGCAACGGCAUCGGCUUCGGCGAGAAGAAGCGGCGGCUGAGCACGGAGCAGGUGCGCGCGCUGGAGCGGAGCUUCGAGACGGAGAACAACAAGCUGGAGCCGGAACGCAAGGCGCGGCUGGCGCGGGAGCUGGGCCUGCAGCCGCGUCAGGUGGCCGUUUGGUUCCAGAACCGGCGCGCCCGCUGGAAGACGAAGCAGCUGGAGCGCGACUACGCGGCGCUGCGCCACUCGUACGACGCGCUCCGCGCCGACCACGACGAGCUCCGGCGCGACAAGGACGCGCUGCUCGACGAGAUCAAGGAGCUCAAGGCGAAGCUGGGCGACGACGACGCCUUCUCGUCGGUGAAGGAGGAGCCAGCGGCGUCCGACGUCGAGGUCCCCGCCGCCGGGGCGGCGCAGGGGUCGUCCGACAGCGACUCCAGCGGGGUGGUGAACGACGCGGAGAAGGCGGUGCCCGCCGAGGCGUCGGCGCCGCAGCUCCAGGUCCAGCACGGCGAGGUGUUCUUGCUCAAGGUUGAGGAGGACGAGGCGGCGUUCCUGGGCGACGACGACGCGGCGUGCGGGGGCUUCUUCGCGGACCUGCAGCCUCCGCCGUCGCUGCCGUGGUGGACCGAGCCCACGGAGCACUGGGCCUAGGGCGGACCCGCGGGCCGCGGUGGGCUGCGGGGAACCCAAUAAACAACUCGGCAGUGCCCAGUGGGGUGUGGGGGGCGUUUCUGCAAAAUUUUGUAAAAUGGAAUUGUACCUACUACGUAGUAGUUUUUUGUGAGUUCUCCCGUACAUUCUUCGUAGACGGGACAGUCCGUCCUACCUAGUAGUAGGCCUAUUUUGCCAUCUCAUCCCCCGUAUCCGUAUGGCCGUA